AUGGGACAACUUGCUAGUGCCCAAAAUACUCGACCAGUUGGAGCUAUUCCAAGAGACACUGAGGCUAAUCCUAAGGCAUCUAUCAAUGAUGUGUCAUUGAAGAAUAUGAGACAGUUAGAAGAAGUCCCAUCAAAAAAGAGAAAACAAGUGACCUUUAACGAGAAAUCGGCCACCAUAGAAGCAGAAUCAGAAAAGAAAAAAGUGUCAGAGAAGCUAGCUGAAGAGGCGGUGGUGAAGCAACCCCUACCAUUAGUUGCGAGGCCACCACCCCCAUUCCCUCAAAGAUUGCAGAAAGUGAAGAAUAAUACUGCUUAUAAAACAUUUCUUGAUAUUUUUAAGCAGAUGCAAAACAAUAUUCCGUUGAUAGACAUCUUGCAAGAAGUGCCCAAAUAUGCCAAAUACAUCAAGGACAUAGUGGAAAAUAAGAGGAGGUUGGUAGAGUUUGAGUCUGUGGCGCUUACUGAAGAAUGUACCUUAAGAAUGCAAAGCAAGGUACCUCAGAAAUUGAAGUAUCCAGGUAGUUUCACUAUUAAAAUCUCGUUUGGUAAGCACGCAGUCGAGCGAGCUUUGUGUGAUCUUGGGGCGAGCAUCAAUUUGAUGUCGCUCUCUGUGUUCAGACAAUUGGGGUUUGGUGAGCCGCGCCCAACCACAGUGAUUUUACAGUUGGCGGAUCACUCCCUUGCUCACCCUGAAGGAGUUUCGAGUGGGUUCUGUUACAUCCG